AUGUCACUUGCGGAUGUAUGGGUGGGCUCUUGGAGGCCCCACAAGGCACAGGGUCCCAUCGCUGCUAUGUAUAAAAGUCCGGGCCCGACAUAUGCUCUUCCAGGAGCAACCGGAAUAAACAAUCAUGACCCACAGAUGCAUAAAGGCCCAGCGUUCAGCUUCGGCACACGUCAUCAUGAAUUCCUGUCCAACUGUUCCCCGGGGCCUGGAUACCUUGUUCCCUCAAACAUCACCAGAGUGGGACAGGACGGAACACCUGCAUACUCCGUGUAUGGCCGUCGCAGUGAUAUAAAGCCCUUCCUAACCCCUGGCCCAGGCAGUUAUUCCCCUGAAAAUGCAGCAAAGAUCACCUAUCUAUCGGCUCCUGCGUUUUCACUGUCUGCAAGGACUAAAUUGUUCCGUAAUGACCAAACACCAGGACCGGCAGCAUACUUGCUCCCCCCAGUGAUUGGGCCAAAAGUUGUUGAUAAAACAGCUGCCCCAAACAUCACACUCAGCGGUCGUAGUGCUAUCGGCAGUUUCCAUGAAGACCUACGAAAGACUCCAGGUCCAGGGACCUACAAAGUGGUGGACUCUUGUUUGUACAAACAAAGGGCCCCUCAGUACAGCAUGACUGGUCGCAACCUCAUGCCUGGAGACACUACCAGGAAACCAGGACCUGGAGCUCACCAUCCAGAAACGGUUACCUUCACGGAAACCAAAGCUCCCAGCUUCUCCUUUGGAAUUCGUCAUUCCGAGUACAUUGCUUCCAUAAUUGUGGAGGGUGCUGAGUAAACAGCACAGAUUACA